AUGAGUACUAGAGCCAAACGACCUUUGAACGGUGUCCAAGAUUCAGGUUUUGUGGGACUUCGUUCGUCUAUGACUUUGGAUGAGGUAGAUUGCGAAAGAAGAGGAUAUAAGCUUACAAAAACAGUUCUAGGCACAGGAGCUUAUGCCAAAGUGAAGCUUGCCUAUGUGAUGGAAAGUAAAGUGGAGAGGGACAAAAGACUGGCCAGUGAUCUCGAAGAAAAAGGACAUAAUAUGGUUGCGAUUAAAGUUGUUUGUAAGAAAAAGGCGCCUCCAGAAUAUCUGUCCAAGUUCAUGCCUCGAGAAAUCGACUCCCUAAACUCAACCUGCAGACAUCACAAUGUGAUUCAACUUUACGAAACGUUCCACACGGAAUCAAAGAUUUAUCUCGUCAUGGAGUAUGCUUCAAGAGGAGACUUGCUGGAUUUUAUUAACUCGCGAUCCAGAAGAGGGGUAGGAAUUGGAGAGGAACUGGCAAAAAAUCUGUUUAGACAGAUUGUUGAAGGAGUUGCACACUGUCAUCGGAGAAACGUUGUACACAGGGAUCUCAAAUGCGAGAACAUUUUACUUGAUCAAGAUAACAUUGUUAAAGUAUCAGAUUUUGGAUUUGCCACUCGCUAUCCCACGAACAAGUGCAAACUGCUUUCUACUUUCUGUGGAUCAUAUGCAUAUGCUGCCCCAGAAAUACUGCAGGCGCAGAAAUACGACGGAAAAUGUGCAGAUGUGUGGAGCAUGGGUGUUAUUUUGUUUGCCAUGGCAUGCGGUCGGUUGCCAUUUAAUGACAAGAGCCUUCACUCACUGAUCGUUCAGACGAAAAUGAAAUUAGCAUUUCCUAGCAGAGCCACGUGUUCAGCAGAAUGUCAGCAUAUUAUUCGCAGCAUUCUUGCGUGGGACCCUCGAAAGAGGAUCACCAUUCCUCAGCUUUUAACCCACGUUUGGCUUUCUGGUGAAAUAACCAAGGUAUCAUCUGUCAACGCUCAAAGCACAAAAGAAAAAAACCCCCUUACUUUGACCUCCAUUCAAAGGGAGAUCGAACGCGUUCUUGAGAAACAAAAAGGAUCUCAACCAGAGAGGCUGACUCCUGCGAAGCAGACAGAGGUGUUCAGCGCACCAAAAACACCAGUUCCAAAACAUGGAUGGUCUUCCUCACGUAACACACCUGAGCCCUACACUGCCACAAAGCUCCUGCACAAAAGGGACUACAGACUCCCCACAAAGUCCCCUGCGCCAGAGGCCAUUAUAAUAGACAGCCCUGGAAGAGAAACGCCGAGUAUGGACCCGCCCAGAAGCUCCACGCCUUGUCCUCGAAGCUUCACACCAUCGCCUCAACCAAAAAUGCCCAAAAAGCCAGAACUAGCUGUAAAAGUAGCUCAAUUACUCACGGAGUCUGGAUACCAGACCAGAUCAACCAACCUCAGCCGUGAAACGUACGCGAUUAUGAAUAAGGCGCUGCAUGCUUCUCAACGGAGCGCGCAGACCAGGAACGAGACCCGGAGCAACACACAACGAGUAUGGAAGUACGUUACAAAUUCAUCUUCUAACAAAAGAAGGGGUGUCACGCCACUUGAAGUCUCGGAUGUAACUCCGUCACCUAAGUCCAAGAACCAAACCGCAGCAAAUACAAACUUAACUUCUGUGUGUCUGAACACUGUCGCUCCUGACCCACCCGCGAAGGAAAGGCGAACUAAAACCGUGUUGCCCUGGCGCCAAAUGAACCUCUUUCAGAGAGACCCAACGCGCAGUCCUCUGAUGGAGUCUAACCAAACCAGGGGGAUGUCUUCCACGCAAGCGCAAACGACCACUAGACAAGAAAGUGCAAGAACAUCCAGAAGCAAAGAGGCCCAAGUAACUAAAACCUGCAAACCUUAUUUGAUGAACCUUGCUAUUCCAAACCACUCUAAUGCGAGUGCAAGAGUUUUACGCAUUCCUGCUUCAACAAAGGACUCCGUAAGACAUCCAAAGACAAAACAGAAAAACUCCAGAAAUGGCUCAGUUCUGAACCGGUUUAAUGACCAAAACGGCAAGGAAAGAGUGAACAGUGGUUCACUUAGAAACGUAUGUUCAAGGAGAGGCUCGCAACAUGGCUGCACCCCAGAUAGCACGAACAAAAAACGCGUGAGAUUUCUACAAGACUCGCGCCAAAACUAA